UGCUGCCCCUAUGUUCUUUUGGAGAGAAACAAACUUGAGAGUCUUGAAAUGGACAUAUAUCAAGAAAUUAUGCAUUAUUAUGCAACUAUAAAUUUUUAUAUAUCUAUAAACAUGCUGAGUGAAUGAAUGCCUCUGUGUAAAUUCGCGAACAUCUUUAGAAUUAGGUCCCAAAUUUAGGGACCAUCACAGAAGGAACAACAGUUAAAUUCAAAUUGAACGCAUGUUAAAUUAAAAUUCUGUCUGAAUUGUUCACUUUGAGACAAAAGGAAGAAAACUAAAGGUAAUUCUGCAAGUGCCGAUCGCACAAGUUUGCAUUUACAUGUUACUGUAGAUGAGUGUCAGGAGGUUCUCUAACAAGCGGGAGGUGAGCCCAGAAAGCACGUGGUCAUGUGCCUGAUGCUCCCACAGAAGAAUGGUGAAAAAAGGAAAUCGCAACAGUUCCCAGCCCACGGAUUCCCAGGUUCCGAGGCGGCACGCGGGGCCGCAGCGUGCUACCCGGGGCUCCGCGGCCCGCCCCGCCGGCCCAGCAGGGGGAGGAGCCGCGGGGCUGGCAGGAGAGCUGGCGCGGGCUGGGCGCGGGCAUGGAGCGGCGGGCGCUGCGGCGCCUCUGGCUGCUCUGCUGGCUGUGCUGCUGCUGUGGGCGCCGCGCCGAUUCCCGCGCCACCUCCGGCCGCACGGAGCCGCGGAGCCAGGAGCGACGGGCCGCCGCCUUCCGGGAAAGUCUUAAUAGACAUCAACACUUGAAUUCUUUAUUUCCUCAUGAAAACUAUGGUGCUGUGUAUGGAAUAAAUCAAUUUUCUUAUUUGUUUCCUGAAGAGUUUAAAGCUAUUUAUUUAAGAAGCAAACCUUCCAGAUUUCCCAGAUACCCAGCAAAAGUACAAACGUCCACACUCAAUGUGUCUUUGCCAUUAAGAUUUGACUGGAGGGACAAGCAUGUUGUAACGCAAGUGAGAAACCAGCAGACGUGUGGAGGAUGCUGGGCCUUCAGCGUGGUGGGCGCAGUAGAAUCUGCAUAUGCAAUAAAAGGGCAGCCCUUGGAAGACCUAAGUGUCCAGCAGGUCAUUGAUUGUUCAUAUAAUAAUUACGGCUGCAAUGGAGGGUCUACUCUCAAUGCUUUGAACUGGUUAGAUAAGAUGCAAGUGAAACUGGUGAGAGAUUCAGAAUAUCCAUUUAAAGCACAAAACGGCCUGUGCCAUUACUUUUCUGUUUCACAUUCUGGAUUUUCAAUCAAAGGGUAUUAUUCAUAUGACUUCAGUGACCAAGAAGAUGAAAUGGCAAAUGCACUUCUUACCUUUGGCCCUUUGGUAGUGAUAGUAGAUGCAGUGAGCUGGCAAGAUUACCUGGGAGGCAUAAUACAGCAUCACUGCUCUAGUGGAGAAGCAAAUCACGCAGUUCUCAUAACUGGGUUUGAUAAAACAGGAAGUAUACCAUACUGGAUUGUGCGGAACUCAUGGGGAAGUUCAUGGGGAGUAGAUGGCUAUGCCCAUGUUAAAAUGGGAGGUAAUAUUUGUGGUAUUGCAGAUGCUGUUUCUGCUGUACUUGUGUGAUAUUUGGGGCAGAUCAAGAGCCAACUACAGAAAUGAAGGAUUCUAAUGACAUGUAGCCCAGUACUUCAUUCUUGGCAUUAUUCAAAUCCCCUCCAAAGGUCCCAGGGCCUAGUAAUAUCUAAAUUAAGUUGCAGAAUGUUCAGAUGGACAACCAAAGUAAAUAGGAGCAGAACCAGUACCACUUAGGAGGAAAUCUGUGGAACAGUUUCCUGCUCUGAGAUGAAGGUCAGAUUAGGAGAUAUUUACACCUCUUCAAUUUGAAAAGGCUAUUUUUAAAAAUUAUUACUGUUGUUUGUUUAUUUUUAAUAACAUAACUCCCCUAUGAUUAAAGAGGUGAUAAGAAUUUCUUUACAGGAUAUAAUCCUCAGCCUUAGCUUACCCCUCCCUAUGCACACAAAUAGCCAACCUAAUUUAUGUGUGCCCCUCACAAUUAUAUUCUCAGCCUUCAGAGGUGGAAUUUCAUAAGAAUUUUGAAAUACCAAUUGCUUUAUCUCAACCAAUGGUGUUUACUUCAAGAACUAGAGGAAGAUCGUGUGGAAAACACAAGGACAGAGUCACUCCUUAAAAGAAAUAGAUUGAAAUUAAAUGACCAAUAUGACAAUUAUAUGAUAAGAAAAAUUCAAGUUGCAUUGUCUGAGAAACAAGUUACAGUUCAGAAAUUUUCACUGUCAAUAGGCUCUCACUAGGUUUUCUUUCUUACCGUGUCCUACCGCUACUGAAGAGCAAUGUGUUUUCCCGCACUCUCGCAUUCUGCGGUGACACUCUUGAGCUUUCCUUGUGGUUUGGCUUCCGUGACAGAAGAACUCUGCUUGUUUACUUACCAUUUCUAUAUUACGACCAUUUGUUUGGCUGCAUUUGUCCCUGAGCCUUUGUCAACAUCAGGAUCUCACCCUUCCCUUCCUCUCCUGCCAUUCGCAAGCACCACGCCUUUCAAAGUCCUGUCUCGUUCAUCUCGGGUUUCAUCCAAAAUGUGAGUUUCCCAGGCUCUCUGAUCCCCCAGGUCCCUGUUUGUAUUUCCUGGACUCCCAUGCUAACUGUGCUUUUGUGCAGCCCAUUGACUUUCACUGGGGUCCCGGUUCUUGACGCCCACCUUCUUUCUCGCCUAAGUUGUCAUGUAUGAGAACCAUCUUCUGAUUGAACCGAAGUACAGCCAUAUUCAAGGGGUUCAUAUAAGAGAAUCCUGCCCAAUACUAUGUAUGUAAAUAUUUCUCUAAAUUUAGAGUUGCUUUCUAAUGUAGAAUAUCUUAACAAAACAAACUUAGUUGUAGCAGCAACCACUAAACAAAAUAGAGGAUGUCCCAUUUUUCCACUCACUUUUGGCCCUCAUUUAUCCUUUCUUGUUACUAGAAAAUAAAUAAAUAAAUAACAAAACACUGUAUUUCCUUUUCUUACACCAAUCAGAAGCAACCUUAAGAGAAUAUGAUUUAGCUUUAGAAAUGGAGGAAGAAAAAUUUUGACAUUUUACUUGAUUGAUAUUCAAAUUAUCCAAGUUUGCCAAAAAGGAACUAUGACCCGAUUGUUCAAGUUUAUAUUCAUUUACUGAUUUCUGUAUAAUAUAAACACUUUUAUGAUAUGCUUUUUCAAAUGCUAAGGCAUUUUUUAAAUUAUGAAAUGAUUAACCUCAGCUGUUCCAGAUUUUGAUGACAUAAUAAAACAAUAUUUUAUUUUGGUCAAAUAAGUGUGCAGCUUACAUUUUGUCAACACAGUGUUCAUGUGCUUUAAAGUCACAUAGGAGUUUUCUCAGCUCAAAGUCCAUAUAUUUGUGUUUUUAUUUUCUCCAUAAACACCUUCACCUCAAUGUCUCCAGAGCUCCAUUUAUCCUCCUCCUUCCCCCUCCUCCUCCUAGAGUCUCUAUUUUGGUUAACAUCAUAUAAACACCCAAUCAAUGAAAGUGAGGGAAAUCUUAGAUAUUUGAUCAGUUCAACUAUACCGUAGUAACCCAUCACUUGAUCCCCUACCUCCUCUCUGUUUCUACCCUCCCUUUCUAGAUGCAUGUUCUUCAGUAUCUCUUAUCUUCUCUCUCCAGUAGUCUACUCACUAGACCCCAUGUCCCUUAAUCCAGAGGUUCUCAAAGUAUAGUCCCCAGACCAGAAGCCACCUGAAGACUUGUGAAACACUGUUUUAGUAAAUCCUCUAGAUGAUUCUGAUGAAUAGUCAUUAUAAUCCAUGUAAUAGGUGUCCCCUGGAUUUACAUUUUUAAGACAGCAUUUUCAUGUAAUUCCCUUGGAAACCAUUCAGGGACUCCCUAAUGGCUAAAGAUAACAUGCAAACUCUUAAAAGAGCUCUCACAAAGAUGCCCCACUCUACCUUCUCAGCCUCCAUGCUGCUGUGCUGCAUAGGCAAAUGCUGUGUGCCAGUCAUAAAUCACUUGAAGUUCUCCCUCAGGCUAUGAGGAAAGAAAUGAAAUCUUCACAUAAUAAUUAGGAGUCAUAAUUGAAAUCAUUAAGAUGUCCCUGGGUGUGAUUUCACAAGGAUCUCAAAGUGAAUACUACAUUAGAUAACCUUA